GUCUAGUUAGCUUAGAUUAAACCCAAAAGGGAACUACAAGGAGUUUCAUUUAUACAACUUUUCUUACAGAGCGAUAAAACAAAUUUUUACAAUAAAAACCCAACAAGAAAGAAAACCUGCAUUUUACACCAUUCCAUGGCGUCACAACCUGCUCCGCAGAACCCUCCCCAAGAAAGCGGGCUAACUUUUGUGGUUCUUAAUAGUCAUGAGGACCACUUACCAUCGGUAAAUUAUAUUCGUUUUGUAGCUCACUCUAUGAACUCUGAGGGCAAGGGUGUUCGAACUGACUUUGCUGUUCACAAGCGUGCUGCACGUUUUUGUCGAUUGUUGGAUUCCAUUCUUGAUGUGGCGGAUUUAAGCAGCCAGACCAAGCCGGAUCUCGUAUCUGGCCCUAUCCCACCGGUCACUCUAAGCCAAGCAACCAGAGAAGGCUGCGAGAUAGUUUUUGAAUAUUUAGACUUGGUGCAAACCCGAAUGCCAACGAACAUUAGCAAACCGCUUAGGGCGCCAUUGGAGGAGUUGAUACAACCUUGGGAAAUGAGUUUUCUUUUAGGUAAAUGUUUUGGAAAUGUAAAUGUGGAGGAAAGCACCGAGUUUAAAACUUCCACUUUCUUCAAAACCGUUUUAAAGAAGGGUCCAAAGUCCAUGAACCGCAUUUUGGAGAUUGCUAUGCUGAGUGAUUUUUUAUUGAUAGAGCCUUUAAGAAACUUGACAUGUGCCUUCUUGGCAUCGCUCGGACUUUCGGCUCCUAACGAAGAUGAAUUGCUGAAAUUUUGUGGCUUGGAUGCUCAAUUGUCUGAAGAAGACCUUGAGUCUGUCUAUUUACAAUUAGCGUUUUUGCGCUACCGCUGACGAGCAGUCGAAUCGUGCCUGUUUAUUAUUGAUUCAUUUUCUAUCAAAAGUAGCUGAUAUUGUUUACCUUUCCACGCAUUUAUUACU